AUGGAUAACGACGUGAUGAAGAAAGUCUUCGGGUUCAACCUAAUUGGAAAACGAAGCAAACCGGCGGAUUUCAACGCAAAGACGAGUUGGAAGGAACUUUCCCCCGACACUACAUGGGACUCCCGUGGCAUGCCGAACAACUUAGUUCAAGACUUAGCCACAAUGGUUGUGCAGCGGUUCAUCGCCUAUAACAUCACGGGGAAAAAAGAGGCAAACAAACUAAGUGAAACCGAGCUCUAUCUUGUGGCUCUCGGAAAACGUGGCAUACCGGCUCUCGGACACGUUGUGACGGCAUUGGCCAAACACUUCGGCAUCCCCGAUUAA